AUUGUGUGAAAGUGAAAGUAAAAAAUUAUCAAUAAUUUACACGUAAACUUCCUGCAAAGAUUUUUAUUUGAGAACAACUAGUUUAAUUGAACAGAAAUGCAGGGAAUGUAUAGUACAAGAAGUCCAGCCGUAAAGAGGCUGAUGAAAGAAGCCCAGGAGCUAAGUGAAGCAACCGAGCAAUACUAUGCACAACCUCUGGAGGAUAAUUUGUUUGAGUGGCAUUUCACAAUAAGGGGGCCAUCAGACACAGAUUUCGGUGGAGGUAUUUAUCACGGCAGAAUUGUCCUACCCCCGGAUUACCCCAUGAAGCCUCCGAGUAUCAUACUCUUAACUCCAAAUGGGAGAUUUGAGACCAACAAGAAAAUUUGCCUGAGUAUCUCAGGACAUCACCCCGAGUCAUGGCAACCCUCCUGGUCAAUCAGGACAGCCCUUUUGGCCAUUAUCGGGUUCAUGCCUACACAUGGUGCGGGGGCUAUAGGAUCCCUGGACUACUCACCAGAGGAGAGGAAGAAACUCGCCAACAGGAGCAAAGAAUGGAAGUGUUCUACGUGUGGUAACAUUAAUUGUAUAUUAAAGCCAAUGACUGAAGAAACAGAGGAAUCUAAAAGGACAUCACAAGAGGCCAAGGAACUGGCCAGUCAGAUUAACUUCCAGGCAGAGAAAAAACCUGGUGAGGGAAAAAGUGGAAGCAGUGGUGAGACAACUCCUACACCUCAGCCUAGUGAACAACAACAAGCAAUUCCUCAAAUGCCAGCUAACACCACAAACCCAGCAUUUAGUAAUGGAUUUCCAUUUCCCUCUCCUUUCAUGUGCAUGCCCAAUAUGCCUCCUUUCCAGAUGCCACAAGGAAUUGAUGGAAGUGUCAAUGUCCCCCGGUUUCCUUUACCCCCUCCAUUUAUACCAGGAAUGCUUCCUCCAGGUCAACAAAAUAGUUCACAGAAUGUAUAUAUGCAGCAAUGGCAGAUGAAUCCUUUUAUGAUGAGUAGACCCCCAGUCCUUCCUUCAAUGGUCUUUCCUGGGCAGAUGACUUCUUCUUUACCAACACAGCCAGCCAUGAAUCUCCCAUCACAAGGAAUCCCAUCUGACAUACGGGCAGGACAGCCUCCAUCUCCACAGGACAAAACUCAGGCCGAUUCUCAAUCGGUGAAGUCUCAGAUGCCAACAGCUGCCAGUACUCAAAACUCAUCUCAAAGUGCAAAUAAAAGUUCAUCAUUAACCACAGAAGACAAUGUUUCAAAUGACAGAGACACCUCAAAUGAGGCCGCUUCUCAAGGACAAGAAAAUUUUAUUCAAGAACCUCAAAGUCCCUCAUCAGAGGCCAGUUCGAAUUUCGAGUCCACACCUUUAUUAUCACCUGAAGCAAGCAGUGCAGCUCUGGAGUCAACAGGUCAAAGGUCAGAUGAGGGACUGAGACAGAGGUUGGUGGGCGAUAGUCCCAGGCCAGCAGUACCGGCGGGGAGAGUGGGACAGAGUGCUGAGCUGAGGGAACAUCACCAGAGACAAUCCGGACUAAGUUUCUCCACUGUGAUGAUAUUCCUUAUUGGACUGGCCAUUGCCAUGCUAUUGAUACGACGUUUCUUUCUGUCUAGAAAUUGGAGGUUUUACUAUGGAGUAUGAUGACAGAUUUUAAAAUGCUUCAUGUGAUAUAACUUAUUCACAGGGAAUGCUGUGCAUGGUUGUCUUAUUUGGUGAUUACAUCUGCUGAUGAUGCAUAUAAAUUUAACUAACGUAUUGCUAAUCUUAUAUAUAAUUUACAUUUAUAAUUGAUAUUUAUUUAUGAGGAACAAUUUUCUCCGCAAUUUAAAAGAAACAAUAAUUUUUAUACAAUUGCAUGUUUAGGUAGUGUUUUAUUUUAUCCCUGGAAGGAAGUUGUACCAGUAAAUUUAAUAAAGCAUGUGCUUUGAAUAUUUAUCAUUGAAUAUAAUUAUAUAAUUUGUCCUAGAUACGUAUAUAUUGGUAAAGAUCAACCUUUGACAUGCUGACCAGGAUGAAAUAAACUGUUGUUGAAUUUAAA